UCAACCGGGAAUUCCAGCGUGACGGGGCAGAAAAUAUACAUGACAUCAGAUUUGUACCACGUGGUUGGCUAUAAUUUUAGAGGAACACCGACACAAAAGUUACUACUUUAGCCAGGCAAGCCGCAAGGAACUUGAAAGGAAUCUUGUCUUGUCAAAUACAACAGUUUGAAACAAUAUAAAGCGAAUAAACCAAGAUUGGAGCGAGGGUCGCGGAGGCAAGAUGCCGCCGGUGUCAGGUAAUGGAGGUCUGAAGGAGACAAUCAGUGACUAUGUCUCCAACAACAAAGUGAUGAUCUUCAGCAAAACCACAUGUCCGUUCUGUAAAAAGGUGAAGGACUUGUUCCAGUCGAUGAAAGUGAGUUUUGAAGUGCUAGAAUUGGAUAAACAAGCUAAUGGAAGUGAAAUCCAGAACGCUUUGUUAGAGAUAACAGGACAGAGGACAGUACCUAACGUGUUUGUGGCAGGACAACAUUUAGGUGGAUGCGAUGACACACUGAAGGCUCACAAGGAAGGAAGACUGCAGCAGAUGUUAAAUAUGGGCACUUCCUUCGAUUAUGAUCUAAUCGUUAUCGGUGGUGGAUCAGGGGGUUUAGCAGCCUCCAAGGAAGCAGCAGGACUGGGAAAGAAGGUGGCUGUUUUUGAUUUUGUCAAACCUACACCCAUAGGAACAACAUGGGGUUUGGGUGGGACUUGUGUCAAUGUUGGAUGUAUCCCCAAGAAACUGAUGCACCAGGCCGCUAUACUAGGACAUGGACUUCAAGAUGCAAAGAACUUUGGUUGGGAAGUCCCAGAAAAUGUGAAACAUAAUUGGACAACGAUGAAGGAUGCUAUACAGGAUUACAUUGGGUCCCUAAACUGGGGUUACAGGGUUCAACUGAGAGACAAAAAGGUAGACUACCACAACGCUUAUGCUGAGUUCGUGGACGAACAUACAAUCAAGGCUGUGAAUAAGAAAGGCCAGGAGAUAAAGAAGACAGCUAAUCAUUUUGUCCUGGCUAUGGGAGAGAGGCCCCGAUACCCUGACAUCCCAGGGGCCAAGGAAUACGGAAUCACUAGUGAUGAUCUGUUUUCCUUGCCCUACUGUCCUGGGAAAACACUACUGGUGGGAGCUUCCUAUGUGUCCCUGGAGUGUGGGGGCUUUCUCCACGCCCUGGGGCUGAAUGUCACUGUAAUGGUGCGAUCCAUCCUGCUGCGAGGAUUUGACCAACAGAUGGCCGAGAAGAUCGGAGAGUACAUGGAACAGGAAGGGAUCAACUUCAUAAGGCCGUGUGUGCCUACCAAGAUAGAGAAGUUAGAGGACGGUAAGCCAGGAAAAUACAGAGUGACGGGGAAGUAUGAAGAUGGAAUGGAGUUUACUGAUGAAUUUAACACUGUGAUAUUUGCUAUUGGAAGAGACCCGUGUACAUCAAGCAUUGGUCUGGACAAAGUGGGGGUUAAAACAAACAAGAAUGGAUUUAUCCCUGUAGAUGAAGAGGAGAACACGAAUGUAUCCAAUAUCUAUGCUAUAGGGGACAUCUGUGAGGGGAAACCGGAACUCACCCCUGUAGCUAUACAGGCCGGGAAACUCCUAUCUAACAGGCUGUAUGGACUCAGUAAAGAAAGGACUGAUUACAUCAACGUGCCAACCACAGUUUUCACUCCGCUGGAAUACGGCUGUAUUGGUUACUCCGAGGAAGACGCCAUCAAAAAGUUUGGAGAGGACAAACUGGAGGUGUACCACACCAACUUCUGGCCUCUGGAGUGGACCGUGGCCAAACGACCAGAGAAUUCCUGCUAUGCUAAACUCAUCUGCCUCAUUCCUGAAAAGGAGAGGGUAAUUGGCUUCCAUGUACUAGGGCCUAACGCAGGGGAGGUAACCCAGGGAUUCGCAGUGGGGAUGAGACUAGGGGCUAAGAAGUCAGACUUUGAUGCCACGAUUGGAAUCCAUCCUACCUGUGCUGAGACUUUCACCACCAUGAAUGUGACCAAGAGGAGUGGGAUGGACACUCAACAGUCGGGCUGCUGAGGUUAAACCCUGCCGCUGGUCCAGCAAGCUCUAACCCCCACCCCCAGGCCAAACUCUAGAUAAACUCUCUUGACACUAACACACCAUCAUGUCAUCUCAAGUCUACUUAUGAAUUGCACAUAUCUUUUUAAAUCAAGAAGGAUGUAGCUUUGGAGAAUUACCAUUGAAAAACAGAUGCUAAGUCUAAAAAUGAAAAUGCAUUUUGUAUGUUGUUUAAUUUUGGUCUUUUAAAAGUCAGACAGGCAAAGUUUUAUAUACUGAUGAUUUUACAGACAUUCAAAUGCUUAUCAGAUGGAAAGAAGGGUGUAAAUUUCUCAAUUUUGUUUAGAAAAAAUAUAUCUUUUUAUUCGAGAAGGAAAAUCAUGAUUUAAUGUAGUUGUAAUAAUUAACUAUGGGAAGAACUUGAUCAUUUGUAUUUGUUGAUGAAUUUUGAUUCAUUCCUAAAUCUAAUGAUGCAUAUAUAUAUAUAUAUGUGUGUAUGCUCACAAUUAUUUCAUGAGUACAUUUAGUCAAUUAUUUGAUCAAUACAUUGCUUUGGAUAUUUUUUACUUUGUAGAGUUUCUCAGGUAUAGGGAAUUAUUGGUUAAAUAUCCCCAUUUUCUAAAUACAAUGUAUUUAGAAUCAAUUUAUUGACUACUAACUUUUUCCAGCAUUGUUAAGUAUUUAUUUAAGUAGAUAUUAUUCUUUGUAAGAGUUAUUGAGUGGAUUUUACUUUUUGUAAAAUUAUUUUUGACAUAUUGAAAUAAGUUUCAUUGAUAUUUGUAUGUAAUGUAUGCAGUUGCAUAAAAUACAAACAUUUUGUAAUUGAUAAUUGCAUGAGAUGUAAUGUUCUGUGAUUAUUGAUAUUUUGUGAUGGGGUGUGGCGUUAGAGCUUUCAGCGGCAGGGAAACAUUUUCACUGGAUUCUAUGGUAAUCGUCUGUAACACAUGUUAAGUGUUCUUUAUGAGGGGCAUACUCAUCAACCUCAAAACGAGGCAGGGCAUGACCUGAUGUGACCGUUGCUAUGGAAACCACACAACCAAGAAGUGCUAUCAUUAAGUUGAUACUUUUUGCAAAUCAUUCUUGUUAUAUACCAGGUAUAUUGCUUUUUGACAUUAAACUUUGUUUCCAGUA